AGACACAGAGGGGAGAGGCAGUGCGAGGGCAACGCCUCACAGCGCCGGGAAUCUCUCCAUCCCUCUUUUUGUCUGUGAAGCGUUAAAACCAACAAGCUCUCGUUUCCCGCUUCAAGAAAGAUUUUUUAUUUUCCUGAAAACCAUUCAAAUUGUCCUGAUUUUGGAUCCAGUGUUUGAGUGAAAUGAUGAUCUCCUUCAUCCUUUGACAGGAAGCAUCUUUCACCUUUGUUCUUUACGCUGCAGCUGCCGGCGAGGAAACCGGUUAGUGUGCCGGUGCGACGCCGGGGCUGCAGAGGUGGUUGCAUCCUGAGCGCUCAGAGGACAUGGAGAAGAAAGGGGUGCCUGUUUGGCGGUAGCAACCAUCGGUGGAGAAGGUGACUGACUGGGAUGCUUCUGUCAACUCCAACCCUUAGCUGAAGUGUCAGCGAGUGACUCCCAGGCGAACAAAGGAAAUCCAGACUUUUGAUUUUUUGAUUUUUGUUGAUUCACGUGGACGUCAUGGACAUCAAUCUUCAGUCGCAUCGGUUUUACUUCCCGCCCGUCUACUGUGCUGAGCAGGGGGUGCAGCCGCCACUCGCUGAGUUUAAAGUCAGCGAGCAGAGCAUCUGCCAGGCUCGAGCCUCCGUCAUGGUCUACGAUGACACCAGUAAGAAGUGGGUUCCCAUCAAACCCGGACAGCAGGGAUUCAGUCGCAUCAACAUCUACCACAACACUGCCAGCAACACCUUCAGAGUGGUCGGUGUCAAACUGCAGGACCAGCAGGUGGUUAUCAACUACUCCAUAGUGAAGGGUCUCAAGUACAACCAAGCCACUCCCACCUUUCACCAGUGGAGGGAUGCCCGGCAGGUCUACGGCCUCAACUUUGCCAGUAAAGAGGAGGCCACCACCUUCUCCAACGCCAUGCUCUUCGCCCUCAAUGUCCUCAGUGCUCAGGAUGGAGGUCCAGCUCUCCAGCGCCAAGUCCAAAACGGCCCGUCUUCAGAUGAGAUUGAAGCUCAGAGAACGAGGCAAAUGAUGGAACAGCAGCAGAUGCAGGCGCAGAUGGAGCGGCGCUCCUCCAACUCAGGUUCUCCGUUCCAAGGCCACCCUGCUGUCCUCUCUGUGGCACCACCUGUCGUUCCUCCCUCGGCAAACACGGGCGGUCCUCCUCCUCCUCCGCCACCACCGGGCCCACCGCCACCGUCAGUAGGGGCAUCUGUUCUGCCUCCUCCGUUACCGGCGGGAGGAGGAGGCAGUCAGGAGGACGACGCCCCGGCACCGACGGGUCUGGCCGCCAUGAUUGCCGGGGCCAAACUGCGACGCGUCCAGAGAUCUGAGGACGGCUCAUCUUCAUCUUCAUCUUCGGGAGCCAAAAACGAAGCCAACCGGACGAGCGGGGGCAGCGGGGGCCUGAUGGAGGAGAUGAACGCACUGUUGGCACGAAGAAGGAAAGCAGCAGAGAAACCGGAGGAUGCUCAGAACGAUGACCCAAACUCUGCUUCUCCCAGCACCCGCAGUGGACAGAGUUCCACAGACGGUGCAAAGAAACCUUGGGACCGCGCCAACUCUGCAGACAGGUCGGCGGUGUCGAGAGUACGAGCUGCAGGCAGCGGCAGCGACACAGACUCUUUAGACCUUGAUAAGAUGAAACAGGAAAUCCUGGAGGAGGUGUUCCGUGAAUUGCACAAAGUGAAAGACGAAAUCCUUGAUGCCAUUAGAAAUGAACUCAGUCGAAUUAGCACGACAUAAUCUCAGAGGGCCACUCACCGACAAGGACCCCUUGUUGGGAGCCCCCCCGGCAGAAGCUGCUGUGGCCCUGAAGAGGAGGAAGGAGACGAGGCCCAAACUGUGACAUCUGCUCAUUGUGCUCAGCUGCAGCGUUGGAGCAACUCUGUUGCUGCAACGCCUCACAUGUAUUUGUGUAAAUCUCCGUUUGUUCCGACAGCAAAGGCCUAGCUGGGGUGCACCGUCGCACUGAUUCUGCCCCUGUCUUUCAUUCCCUGAUCCCGGUCUGUCCACAACCCAAAGGAAAUUUAUAAAAAUCCAAAUAUUUUUGCUUCUUUUCAAAAAUACGUUUUAAACUGUUAUUGCGUUUUUAUUACUAUCAUUAAAACUUUGUGAUCUUUGAGCUUCAGUGGAAAUGAUUGGAGGAAAAAGGGCAGAUUUGAUAGUAUUAAUGACGUUUGCUUUAAUGUUUCACAUGCCUAUAAGUCUGUCUUUUUUUGUUUUUUAAAAGUGUUGUUUUACAUUAGUGAUUUUUUUUUCAUUAUCUGGCCUAAUUUAUUUUUUUUAUUUAACAUUUUCACAUUACAUUACAAUGUGUGCAGCCACAGUGAAGAAAAAAAAGAUUCUUUUUGGAAUAUCGGGAUCUUAUAAACUAAAAGAAGAAGAAAAAACAGAA